AGAGAGAGAGAGCAGUGUGACUUCAGGUCUGCAGUGAGGCAGAGGGACCACGGAGUUUGCAGGAAUUUCAUCACACACAUGCACUUGGAGUUCACUUCCAAACCUGGACCUGUAUUCAUUCACACGCUAAAAUGUCUCAAGGGUGGUCUGUUGCCCUGCAUCUCGCCCUGCUGUGCUGGCUGGCCGCUGCCCUGCAGGUUAUGGAAGAGCGAGGCUCUGGAGGUCAUCUGGACCUGACGGAGUUAAUCGGCGUCCCCCUCCCUCCCUUCGUCUCCUUCACUCCUGGCUACGAGGGUUUUCCGGCCUACAACUUCGGGCCCGAUGCCAACAUUGGCCGGCUUACCAAGACCUUCGUGCCAGGGUCAUUCUACAGGGACUUUGCCAUCAUCGUCACGGUGCGUCCAACCACUCCGAGAGGAGGCGUGCUCUUUGCCAUCACAGAUGCCCGUCAGAAGGUGGUGGAGCUGGGUUUGGCCCUCACUCCGGUGCGUGGGGGCCUGCAGAGCAUCUUACUGUACUACACUGACAGAGAGCAAGCUUCCCACAGCCACAAAGCUGCUUCCUUCAGUGUCCCGGAUAUGACAGACCAGUGGACACGAUUCACGCUGGUGGUGGAGCAUGAAGAGGUGCGUCUCUAUAUGGACUGUGGAGAGGCCGAGAGGACCACUUUCCAUCGGAGGCCAGAAAGACUCAACUUCUCACACAAUUCAGGCAUUUUCGUGUCUAAUGCUGGAAGCACGGGGCUUGACAAGUUUGUGGGAUCCAUUCAGCAGCUGGUGAUAAAAGAUGAUCCCAGAGCAGCUGAGGAGCAGUGUGAGGACGACGAUCCCUAUGCCUCAGGAUACACCAGUGGAGACGAUGCUCUGGAUGACAGAGAGACAGAGGAGGAAAUGGUGAAGAACACACAGGAGAGGAAACAUGGCACAGAACGGGAGGAGGACAGUGUUCCAGUCAGAGCUCCACCCACCGAGGCUCCAGAGGUGGAGCUUGAUGAGUACUCCGGUCACCAGACCCCCACAGAGGCCAGUGACAUACUGAGAGGGCCACACCAGACAGAGGAGCCAGGGGAGAGGUCAGGAGAUGGUCAUGUCAGGCAUGGGUUAAAAGGAGAGCGUGGAGAUCCUGGACCCAGAGGCCCACCUGGCCCACCAGGCCCCACCCCUCUGCCUGGGAAAACUCAGCCUGGACCAAGAGGGACACAAGGGCCGCCAGGAAUCCCUGGAUCCCCAGGACUGCCAGGGAGAGAUGGACAGAAGGGGAUCAAGGGUGAAAAGGGAGAUCCAGGUCAGAAAGGAUCUCAAGGUUUUUCAGGUUUGGAUGGAGAAGCUGGAGCUAAAGGAGAGAAGGGAGACCAAGGAGUUGGUUUACCAGGCCCUCCCGGACUCCCUGGGCCUCCUGGACCCCCCAGAUCACGCAGUGUACCAUAUGGAGCAGAUGCCCUGGGUUCUGGGUUUGAGGACCUGGACAGUGACACUGAACUCAUCAGGGGCCCUCCUGGUGUACCAGGGCCUCCAGGACCGCCUGGCCCCCCUGGACCCAACCUGUCAUCAUCUGACACAGCCGAAGGCUUUACUGUAUGGAAUGCAGGACCACCCGGUGCCCCUGGCACAGACGGGCUCCCAGGCAAACCUGGUCUACCAGGCCUAGCAGGAAGAGAUGGGGCUCCAGGUCUACCUGGAGCUGUGGGAGAGAAGGGUGACCAAGGGUUACCUGGGCCAUCUGGACCAAAGGGUGAAUGUGGGACAGUGGGUACAGCAGGGCCCUCAGGGCCACCAGGGCCUACUGGUCCACAGGGCAAGAGAGGCUCAUCAGGUCCCCCAGGACCACCUGGCCCCCCCGGACCUCCAGGAACCAAGUUCUUUGUGGAGGAUAUGGAGGGAUCUGGGAAGAGUGACAUGCUCAUUGGAGCUGGAGGCAAAGGCCCACAGGGACCCCCCGGCCUACCUGGUCCACAGGGACCUAAGGGUGAGGACGGAGCCACAGGGGCUCCAGGGCUCUCCGUAAAGGGUGAGCCAGGGGACCCAGGGCCAGAGGGUCUUCAGGGUCCUGCUGGACUACCAGGAGCUAGGGGGGCCAAAGGAGAAAAGGGCAGUCCAGGACCGAAGGGUGAUCGAGGCGCUGAUGGACUGAGUAUACCAGGACCACCUGGGCUUCCUGGACCUCCUGGAUCUCUGAUUAAUCUGCAAGAUCUGCUUCUCAAUGUUACAGAUGGUAUCUUCAACUUCACAGAGAUCAGAGGACCACCAGGGCCCAUGGGCCCUGAAGGCUUGCCUGGCAGAGCUGGAUUUCCUGGCCCCAGGGGACCAAAGGGAGACGUGGGCCCUCCUGGUACCCAGGGGCCAGCAGGGUUCAAGGGAGAAAAGGGAGAGCCGGGGGUGACCAUUGCUGCUGAUGGCUCCAUCUUAUCAGCACCAAGAGGCCCCCAGGGUCCCAAAGGCAGCAAGGGUGACCGUGGGUUCACUGGACCUGCUGGACUAAUGGGCCCAAUUGGACCAACUGGACAGAAAGGAGAAUAUGGCUUCCCCGGUCGCCCAGGACGACCUGGUGUGCCUGGGAGAAAAGGGGACAGAGGAGAUUCUGUCGGAGUACAAGGACCUCCAGGUCCUCCGGGCCCACCUGGACUGCCAGGAAGAAUUAUUGGCCUGAGCGGAACAGUGUUUCCGGUGCGCCCCAGACCGCACUGCAAAAAGGGACGAGAGUCAAUGACAGGGGGUGCUAAAGGAGACAAAGGAGAUAUGGGAGUACCUGGAGAGCCAGGCAAACCUGCGCCCGGGUUUCCAGAUGGAAUUGUGGGUGCUAGGGGUGAUGCAGGAUACCAAGGUCAGAAGGGAGAGAAGGGUGACAGUGGUCCGCCUGGUCCUCCAGGACUACCUGGGAGGUCAGGACUUGUGGGUCCAAAAGGCGAGUCCAUUGUGGGUCCACCAGGACCUGUUGGUUCUCAGGGCCAGCCCGGAGCCCCCGGGUUUGGACGACCCGGUCCCCGUGGGCCCCCAGGCCCUGCUGGACCCCCAGGACCAGCACCUGCAUAUGGAUCAGCUGUCAGUAUCCCCGGACCUCCCGGUCCUCCUGGCCCACCAGGAUCUCCAGGAUAUGCCAACCCGGUGACCACCUAUAAGACGGCCCACGCUCUGAGCAGAGAGACUCACCGCGCUGCAGAGGGAACCUUGGUCUACGUGUCUGAGAAGGGAGGAGAGUUAUAUAUCAGAACGCGCAACGGCUGGCGCAAGAUCCAGCUCGGAGAGUUGAUCCAGAGCGGACCUUCGUCCUCAGCAGCGUCUCAGGCCCUCAGCAGACCUGCAGAAUGGAGCAGACCCCACAGGGUCCACAGCCAGGAGCUUCAAGAGGGCAAUCGAGGAUAUCAGCCCAGCUAUAAUGUUCUACCACAGACCUUCAACGCUGUGCCUGGGCUCCAUCUGGUGGCACUGAACGCCCCGCUAAAAGGGGACAUGCGUGGGAUCCGGGGCGCAGACUUCCAGUGCUACCAGCAGGCACGCUCCAUGGGGCUGACAGCCACCUACCGGGCCUUCCUGUCCUCCCACCUCCAGGACCUGGCAACCAUCGUGAGGAAGGCGGACCGCACUGACAUGCCUGUGGUUAAUCUCAGGGGUGAGGUGUUGUUCAGUAGUUGGAUGUCCAUCUUCUCUGGGAACGGAGGUACAUUUAACCCAUCCACAGCCAUCUACUCCUUUGACGGACGUGACGUGAUGACUGACUCAGCAUGGUGA